CACAAGAAAAAAAAAUAUCCAGCCGGUUUGUUUUUCAUCAUGGGAAAUUUAAAAUAGACGUUUCAGCUGUGGCUCUUGAGUUCAAGGCAGAUUUGCCCUUGGAACGUGCCAGGUGGACCAUCCAAACCCUCAUUUUACAGUGACAGUUGAGCAAAAAGUGAGCAGCAUUACCUCUGAAGACAUCUUUAUUGUUCUCAGUCCUGAAACAGACAAAGACCAGUGAUAGUGGCUGAACUGGGGGGAAACUGCAGCACUGUCCGGCUGAGGGGGGAGGUCUUAAGUUGGUGGGAGUCAUGGAGCCGACAGAAGACGGGGAGGAUCGGACAUUUGUGGAGGUGAUCAGUGAAAAGUACAGCCUUGACAACUUCCCAUGCUGUCGAGGGCCUGGUAAGGGUGUCGUGUUAGUGGUACCCCCUGCUGGCCCUCAGGGUUCACCAAUAAAAGAACGUCUGAACUUACCCAGCGUGCUGGUCUUGGAAUCCUGUGGAAUCACCCGAGCAGGAGACCCAUCUGAGAUUGCUGCCUUCUGCGGACAUGUCAUGGAACUGGACCUGUCCCAUAACAAGCUGCAGGACUGGAAUGAGAUCAGUAAAAUAAUUUCCAACAUCCCCAAUCUGGAGUUCCUCAACCUGAGCUCCAACCCCCUGGCAGGAAUCACCCUUGCACCACAAUGUGCUGAAGCCUUUUCCACAGUCCGUCGCCUCGUUCUCAACAACACACAAGUGUCCUGGGACACUGUACUGCUGCUCACCCGGGAGACAUCAGAGUUGGAGGAGUUGUUCCUGUGCCUUAAUAAGUACAGUAGUGUGAGUGCCUCCACUGUCCCUUGUCCCACCCUGCGUCUGCUUCACAUCAGCGACAACAGCCUCCAGGACUGGGAUGAAGUUCGCAAGUUUGGUUCCAUGUUCCCCAAACUUGAACGUUUGGUUAUGGCUAACAACAAUUUGGCCUCCAUUCAGGACAGCAAGGAUAUUGUGCAAAGGCUUUUCCCCAACCUACGCUGUAUCAGCCUGCACAACUCAGGUCUUAACCGAUGGGAGGAUAUUGAGAAGCUGAAUUUCUUCCCUAAGCUGGAGGAGGUACGACUGCAGGGCAUUCCCUUACUGCAGACUUACACCAAACUAGAGCGACAGCUGAUGAUUGCGCAGCUUCCUUCCAUUUCUUUGCUGAAUGGGAGCAUUGUGUCUGCCAGUGAGCGAGAAGAUGCAGAGAGGUUCUUCAUCCGUUACUAUUCAGACCCUGAGGAGGAACUGCCUUACAGGUACGCUGCACUGUCUCACCACUAUGGGAAACUUGAACCACUGGCUGAGAUUGAUCUCCGACCCUCGCUGUCUGCACAGGUGGAGGUACACUAUGAGGAAACAGUGGAGCAGGUGAACAUCCGCUUGGAUCAGACGGUAGCAGAGCUGAAGAAACACGUGGCAUCAGUCGUCAGUUUACCCGCCAGCACUAUAAGGCUCUAUUACAUCGACAAAGGCUUAGCCUUCGGGCCGGAGGAAAUGAAAUACAGUACCCGAGCUCUCCACUCCUACAGCAUCCAAGAUGGUGACGAGAUAUUAGUGGUGCCCAAGACCAAGUGAGUGGCAGCUGUGUAUCUGGUUAAUGUGGAUCAGUCAGUGAUUGAAUGAUCGAUUUGGAGUAAUUUAUGACUGGACAAUGUAAAAUCACAGAAGUCCACCAAGCAGCCCAUUUGUGGUGGUGAACACCAUCAUGGAGUCUGGACAGUGGAUUUGUGUGGGAUGCUGCAAGCACCUGUGUGGAAAUGGAGCCAUUCUGGAGAGAAUUGUCUUGUUUUAUACCAAGCUUUAUUUGAGAGUAUUCACUAAGGAGCAACACGCAGUCGGCUAUCGGCUUAGGCAGAGGCCAUGGUGCCACUGCUCCAGCAGCUGUGCUGAAGCCCUUUAUCAUAGUGCACGUCAUGUACCAUAGCACUUCCACAGGCAGGUAUCCGCCCCUCUGGCUUGCCCUGGUGUUGCACCCUGUUUCGUAGUUGGGCAUUACUGUUGAGCGGUGGUGUUGGCCAGCACUGGUCAUGAAGUGCUUUUUUACUGUUGGCACAAUAUCUGCAGCAAACAUAAUCAAAGAAUGGAAAAAAAUAAAAAUUU